AUGGCAAGCAGUUCAGCCGAAGCUUUAGCCGCGCUCCAGCAGCUGGAGCAGAGUGGCGACCUGAAGAAGCGACUCACGAUUGUUCGCAUCAGCGAGCCAAUCUCAACCGACGUCGGAAGCUCAUAUGCAUCGGCCUCCAGAAGAGGCUCGGAUGUCUCUACAUCGAACAUGGAAAACCCGACUCCUGCCUCUCUGGAGGCGGAUCUUUCACACUACAAGGAACUUUUCUCAAAGCUGCGAUUCUCUUACGUCGAGCAAGUCACGAAGGAAAAGUUCUUGCGAUCAAUUGUUGGUGACCCGCCAGUUAUUGUGGGACACAAUGAGAACAUGGAACUUGAGACGCAAAUGGCAGAAGUGAAAGCUGAGCUCAAGGCGCGCAAGGAAGAUGUUCGAGUGAUGGUUGAGGAAAUGGAGCAAAUGGGGCGUGAUCUGGCAAGCCGGUACAAGGAGGUUGAACUUCAAACAGCACAGCUGUCCACGCUGCCCGCCUCAAUAGAAACCCUCGAGUCAACCAUUGCUGGUCUUCGUGCUAAACAGGUCGCCAACAUGGGCUCCUCGGACUCCAAUCACUCUUCAUCACAGAAUCUCCCUCUGCCGGCGACGCUCGCGCUUUUGACGGAACGCGAGGCGGAAUUGGCGGCUCUUAACCGUCAGUUAGCAGCUGUGCAGAACACCCUGCCCCGGAAGACUCGAGAGGCUGAGGCAAUUGAACGGGAGACCGGGGUGCUCAAGCGACGCAAAUCAGAGGCCGUCGCACAAGCACAAGAAGCCCAACGCAAGAAACAGCAGGGCGAGAGUGAUGGACUAGAGGAGAUGGGUCGGUGGUAUCGAGGGGCAGAGGAGACUCUUAAAGAGUUGGUCGGGACGAAGGUAUGA